CAUAUUACAAAACACUACCGCAAAGCGCACGCGCAAACUCUAGAAGGUGACAUCUGCGGACUGACAAAACAUGCCACUAUAAUGCUGUGUUGGGGGCUGUUCAAGGAUCAUUUCUGGCUUUGCACCACAGCUGCUCAGCGUUAUGCAGGGACCUACACACGUUCAGACUCCAAAGACUAUUAUGAUGUGUUGGGUGUUGGAAGAAAGGCAACAGUGACAGAGAUUAAGAAAGCAUUCUUUAUACAGUCAAAGAAGUUGCAUCCUGACAGUGAUCCUUCAAAUCCACUCCUGCACUCACAGUUUGUUCAUCUGAAUGAAGCUUAUAAAGUACUAAGUAAAGACAGCUCUCGAAGGCAGUAUGACCAGCUUUUGGAGGCAAUAAGAAGAGAGCAAUGGGUUACUGGGACUAAAAGCUCUUUCUACAGAGAGAAUGAGCAGCCUUCUAGGUAUGCUUCAGAGAACAAUGCUCAGUACUGGUCCCAGUUUGCUGCCAAAAGUGCCCCUGUUCAACAAAGGAAGAACAGGAAUAGACGUCUGGUUUGGUACUGCAUUCUGCUGAUGACUGGAAGCAUGAUAGUACAUUAUGUGGGCUUCAGCAUUCUACAAAAAAUCCAUAAGGAGCUCGUUGAAGAGCAGCAGCAACAUCUCCUAAAGAUCUAUAAUGAAACAAAGAUGGCUGCCAGGGCCAAUGGUAUUAGGAAACAGCAGGAGAUUUUACUUCAGAAACAUGCAGAAUUUAUUGAAAAAUAUCGUGGGCGAAAUCGAACAGAUGGGUCUAAGUGAUAACAGAUUGCUAAAGGGCUAGUGGUGCCUUUGUUUCAAACUGCCCAAAUGGAAGAAUACUGAUUUGUAUGAAGUUACUUGACUAAGGAACUCAGAAGUGUAUACUAGAUUCAGGACAGAAAUUAGAAAAAAAUACCUCAAAUUAUUCAUAUUUUUUCUGAAAAUUCAACUUUGUUAAUAAAAUAUCUACAACAUC